AUGGACCUGAUCCCCAACUUUUCUACAGAAACCUGGGUUCUCCUGGCUACCAGCCUUGUGUUCCUCUAUCUAUUUGGCACCUAUACACAUGGACUUUUUAAGAAGCUCGGAAUUCCUGGGCCGACUCCUCUGCCUUUCUUUGGAAAUAUUCUGAGCUACCGUAAGGGUAUUUGGGAUUUUGACAAGAAAUGUUUUAAAAAGUAUGGAAAAACGUGGGGGUUUUAUGAAGGCCGGCUUCCUGUAUUGGCUAUCACAGAUCCAGACAUGAUCAAAACCGUACUAGUGAAAGAAUGUUAUUCUGUCUUCACAAACCGGCGAACUUUUGGUCCAGAGGGAUUUAUGAAAAAUGCCAUCACUCGGUCUGAGGAUGAACAAUGGAAGAGAAUACGAACUUUGCUGACGCCAACCUUCACCAGUGGAAAGCUCAAGGAGAUGUUCCCCAUCAUUGGCCAUUAUGGAGAUGUGUUGGUGAGGAACCUAAGGAAUGAAGCAGAGAAAGGCAAACCCGUCACCUUGAAAAACAUCUUUGGGGCCUACAGCAUGGAUGUGAUUACUAGCACAUCAUUUGGAGUGAACAUAGAUUCCCUCAACAACCCACAAGAUCCCUUUGUGGACAAUGCUAAGAGGCUCUUAAGACUUGAUUUUCUUGAUCCACUCAUUCUCUCAAUAACUCUCUUUCCAUUUCUUCGCCCAGUUUAUGAAGCAUUAAAUAUCAGUGUGUUUCCAAAAAGUGUAACUGAUUUUUUCAUAAAAUCUGUAAAAAGGAUGAAAGAAAGUCGCCUCAAAAAUAAGGAAACGAACCGAGUGGAUUUUCUUCAGUUGAUGAUUAACUCCCAGAAUUCCAAAGAAAUGGACACCCAUAAAGCUCUGUCUGAUCUCGAGCUUGUAGCCCAAUCUAUUGUGUUUAUUUUUGCUGGCUAUGAGACUACGAGCACUUCUCUCUCCUUCCUUAUGUAUCUUUUGGCCACUCACCCUGAUGUCCAGCAGAAGCUGCAGAAGGAGAUUGAUGUGACUUUCCCCAAUAAGGUACCUCCCACCUAUGAUGCCCUGCUACAGAUGGACUAUCUUGACAUGGUGUUGAAUGAAUCUCUCAGAUUAUUCCCAGUUGCUGGUAGACUUCAGAGGAUCUGUAAGAAAGAUGUGGAACUCAAUGGGGUGUUCAUUCCCAAAAGGACACUGGUGACUGUGCCAACCUUUGUUCUUCACCGAGCCUCAGAGUUCUGGCCAGAGCCUGAAGAGUUUCGUCCUGAAAGGUUCAGUAAGGAGAACAAGGACAGCAUAAAUCCUUAUAUAUACCUGCCUUUUGGAACCGGACCCCGAAACUGCAUUGGCAUGAGAUUUGCUCUGAUGAACAUGAAACUUGCUGUCGUCAGAGUGCUGCAGAACUUCUCCUUCAAACCUUGUAAAGAAACAGAGAUACCCAUAAAAUUAGGCACUGAAGCAAUUGUGAAACCACAAAAGCCCAUUGUUCUAAAAGUUGAGCCCAGAGAUGGGACCGUGACUGGAGCCUGACUUUCCCUAAGGACUUCCACUGUUCUUCAAGGAAGCUGUAUCCCAGAACACCAGAGAUCUUAAUUUACUUUGUGAAUACAAUUCAGAAUGAAGGUGGGCUUAACCUACUGCAUGUGAUGGAUGCCUGAGGAUUCUUACAUUUAUUGAUUUUCCAAGUGUCUAUGUAGAGUAUUACAUGUUAUGUGAUAUGAAGCAGGGGACAAGUGAGUGCCGGGUAUGUGAACUCAGCUUGUUUGGUUCUUGCAGGAUGAUCUCCAUCCUCCCACACUUAGUACUAUCUACUUCUGCUGAACACUGAUCGAGAAUAAAAUUUCUCAACAAUUUUUAAUGAACACAA